AUGGCCACAACUUCAACAAUCACAGCAAUCGUCACAAGAGCAACAACAUCCAUGAUGAUCGGACGAAAUCGCACACUCGGCCAGCGACCCGCCGUGACCCCCUAUAGCUUCACUAAACCCAGCACAUUCCCACUUCUCAUCCUCUCCGUCUCUAUUCUUAUAGUUGACCAUUUUACCCACCGCCGCCGCCUGAAGAUCUCAGCGACACAACAGGAAGAGCAAGAACUAGCAGAAGCAUGGCAAGAGCCCUGGUUAACAAAAGACUGGUCUACAUUGUAUGGGCUCAUCGCCCUAGCUCAUGAGCGUGAGAUCGCACCCCAGCAUACACCUUUCCGCACCGAGUAUAUCUCCACGAUACAGGUAAGGUAUAAGAGACCGCAGCGCUGGGCACUUAAGCUAUUACUAGAGCGAGGCGUGAUCCCGCUCCGCAUCGACGAUGGUGGAGUCGCAACCACCUGCACGCAAACCUGGGGCUUAACUUCUACGUUCCCUUACAUAACCAUCCCGCUAUACCAGCAAACAAAAAGCAGAGCAUAUUUUGAGUUCCUCAUUCCACGUCCCGAACGAGCGGAAGUGACGCGACUAAUCAACAUCCUCGGACAAAACAGAAUGGGCUAUGGCAUCUCAACACAGACCUACAAUUCUGUCACUCAAACAUCCCAGACUUCAACCGCCAGCACUGAGCGGAAUCGACCUAAAUCUGGACCAAGCUUUCCUCUUUCUAUUGGAGCACAGUCCAUGUGUGAGGCUUUACUUCCUCUUUUGCCGGAUGGUCAUAUAUCACGAGCACGAGGUACACAUGUCGAUAGACUGGAUAGUUAUCUCAAACCCGGGCCGGAGACAGAAGCCAGGGAAGAUGACUGGAUGCAACCAGACGUACGCAUGGCAAGGGCGCCGUUGUUGUGUCACAGCAGCUGGGCUAUCGUGAGGCUUGAAGCACCGCAUUGGGGGUAUGUCGAACUGGACAAUUUUGUGUUGGGGGCUGUAGAGGAGAGUAGAACAGGAGAUAGAUGGGUGAGGGCUGUGUGUGAAGGUCACGCUAUGAAAGAGUUGGAGAGGUUUGGGCUGGAUAUCUGA